CCUAUAAAUACUCAUCACUUUCAAUCAUUUUCAUUCACAACUCAUCUCUUCUCCUACUCUCUCUACUUACUCUCUCUACUUAAUUCUUUAAUUACGCAAUUAUUCUCUUAAUUACAUAAUUAGUCUUUUAAUUAUUUCUUAAUUUAGUUAAUUACAUAAUUAGUCUAUUAAUUAUUUAUUUAUUUCUUAAUUCUAUUAUUAUUUCAAUAUUAUCAAUCAUGUCUUCAUUUUUGAAAAAAGCCUCAAAAAAAGUUACUAAAGUGGCAAAAUCAUUGGGAGGUUCCAGCUCCUCCAAAAGAAAGGCCACUUCUACUCCGUCGGUAUCAACAACACCUUCCAUUAGUAAUUAUAAUUAUGAACCAAAUUAUCCAGAAGGGUACGACCCAGAAUUACAUAAUUAUGCAGAAGAAGUGGAAAGAGAAAUACAAAUUGAUGAAGAAGAACAACAAGAAGAGGAACCAACGACCCCUAUUGGGAUACAUAUAUCUCGACAGUUAUCAACAAGAUCACAUAAAGAACAACAACAACAAAGACAAGCUCGUGGUAAACGAGUCAAUUUCCAAACUAUCGAUGAAGAUGAACCAGUAAGACAACCUUUUCCGGCAAUGCCACCUCCUAGUGGUAGAGCUGUUUCACAUGUGUGGUCGUAUUUCACAAAAGAACCAACCGAGAAUCCAGAUAUUUUCUUAUGCACUUGUCAAAUUUGUGAAAGUCAAGGAGUAAAGCCCUUAGUUGCAUACAAUUUCGCUAGAGCUCAAAAUUUCAAGUGUUUAAAGGCUAUGACGGAUGAUCCAAAGCUAUGGCAUAGACGUCUUGGUCACAUAAAUACGCACACCAUGCAUGAAUUAGUAAGUAAAGAUCUAGUUAAGGAACUUCCAACUCUUGACUAUAAACACAGUCCUACAUCUCCUGGGACACUCCAACAAAACGGCGUGGUUGAAAGGAAAAAUCGUACUUUAGAGGAAAUGGCUAGUAAAGCUUAUAGAGUUCUAAAUAAGCGAACAAAUAUGGUUGAGGAAAGUAUACAUGUAGUAUUUGAUGAAUCUGAUAAGGGAAUAUUAAGUGAAGUAUUUAAAGAUUUAAACCUUAAUAAACAUUUUGAUGAUAUAAGUAAUGAUGAAUUGGAUGCCAAUGAUCUUAGUGAAGAUAAAAAGCAAAACAUGCAGGAUACUAUACAAAGUCUUGAUGAGAUUGAAGAAAAACAGGUUAAAAACAUUGAAGAUUCACAGCCUGAUCUUAGGACCCAAUCUUAA